AUGGAGAAAAAAGCAGCAAGGUUUUUUAUUAAUAUGUCUUUAACGGAAGAUGUUAAGGUUGAGCAGCUUGAACAGAGUAUCGAUAUAUUCAACGAUGGACGACACAUUUUUGAUCCUGACAGGACUGCCAUUGUUGAUAUUAACUUCUCUGUAUUAUCGGAACCACCGUUGGGCCAAGGAUCUACUCUACCUACUUUGGAAGUAUCGCGCAUCUUGGAGGAUUACGAUAUGAAAUUCGAGGAACUGUUACGACAAAAAGAGCUAAUUACAAUCCAUCAAGGACUACAGUUUAACCUGAUGGUAGCAGGGCAAUCAGGUUUAGGGAAAAGGACAUUUGUCAACAGCUUGUUUAAUACUAUUAUUAUACCGAGUCCAAGAAAGAACAGAAACAAUCAUUGUGGCUCAACAGGUACCCGUAUCCUUGAAUGCCACAAGGCAAAAAUAAAUUUUGGGUCAACACUUUUAAGCUUGAAGGUUGUGACAACACCUGGUUAUGGCGGUAAACUAGAUAAUUCAUUUGCAUGGAUUCCCCUAGUCAAUUAUGUUGAAGAACAGCUACGAUCAUACGUUUUUCAAGAGGAACAGCCUCAGAGAGAAACUUUGUGUGAUAAUAGAGUACAUUGUUGUCUAUAUUUUAUACCUCCCACAAAUAAAGAGGUCAGCCCGUUGGAUAUUAUCACUAUGAGAGAGUUAUCAAAGCGUAUAAAUUUGAUUCCAAUCAUAGCUAAAGCUGACGCUUUAAAUCGCGAUGAAUUGAACGCCUUCAAGCAAAAAGUAAGAAAAACUCUACAAGAAAAUGAAGUGAGGGUUUGCCGUCUUUUAGAAUCAGAACUUUCUCAUUUUGAUGAUAUAUUCAAUGAGUUCCCGCUUGAUAUAAUUUCAUCAAAUGAUAUGGUUUUCAGUGGCAGUGGCAACUAUAUCCGCUAUAGGAAGUAUAGUUGGGGAUCCAUAAAUGUCGAAGACCCUACAACUUCACAGCAGACUCUUUUGAAGCAAAUACUUUUUGACACCCAUUUUUUCGAUUUUAUUACUAGUAUGGAAUCGUACUAUGAGAAGUAUCGAUCAUGUUUCUUAAGAGGUCGAGUCUCCAAAGCGAGAUACUAUUUGGAUCAUAACGACAUAAGUUUGCCGCCUAUAGAUAACGAGACUCUUGAAAUAAUUACAGCACUAGAUUUUGACAAUCUAGACAACAAUGGACUUCUUAAUUAUUCUUGCUAUAAGAUAUUCGAUAAAAAAUACAUGGAUUCAUUGGUGAUGGAGAAUAGCCCUCGUUUUGUUCAGAAAGUUUUAGAGCUGCAAAAAAAAAUGGAAGCUAUAAUCAAGCGUUUUGAUCAGGAAUUCAAAGAGGAAGAGGAAACUUUAAUCAAUAUGCAAGUAGAAUUCAACGAUGAAGCGGAAAAACUGAAUUGCGAUAUACAAAAUUUACAAUUGGAAUGUUAUGCUCUAGAAAACUCAAUUUCAAAAAGGAAAACAACCAUGUAA